CGCGGAGGACCGCUGCGUCAGAACCGCUCACAGACAUCAUGGGUCCUUUUCUUGACUGAAUCAAUAUGCUGGAUAGCUUCUGACAUUGUCCGACCCCUUUAUACCUAGUCGAUUGGACCUUCUUUUCUCUGUUUACUUCUUCCGAGACCCCCUUGUUCACUUCCCACUGAUACCCUGAUUUUUGUCAAUAAACUCACAUUUCAUUAUUGUUUUGUUGAUCUUCGACCUUAGAGACGUAUAGCAACAACGUUACGUGACCAUGGAUGAUGCAUCGGAGCCCGCUGACAGUGCUAUGCAAGAGCAUCAUAUUGUCAAGGCAGAUGAGGUUGACCAGACGGGAACGGACAUCAGCCCCGUUUCAGAUGACCAGCUAAUGGAGGAGGUAGCUGAAGGCUUACGACAGGAGCAGUCACAGCUGAACACCUCUGCUGCUCCCAGUGAAUUACCAGUUGAGACUCGGAGAGGGUCCAAACGCCCUGAACUGCGUCGGGACGCUGCUGCUCCGCCGCCACCUCUGCAGCCUCCGCCUCCAGCUCCGGUCCAGCAGAACGCGGACCGACCUCCGGACUCACUGAGCCUUGCUCAACUAAGGCAGCUGGUUCAAGAGAUGCCAAAGGUGGAGCAGCCGGCAUAUGCGUUUGAAUACGCUGACUCGCAACCGUUUGCAGAGGAAAUCGAAGAAUGGUUCCAGUACAGCGAAUUUGACAGAGCCAUGCUUAUUGGCAUGAAGUCGUCAUUCGAACAAAGAUGGGAUUCUUUUUGCGAAGAUCAGCCUGCGGACAUUUCCUCGCAGCCUUGGAUUGCGGCCUCUUAUGAUUUACGAAAGACGUUUAUGAGCCAACUUAUUAAUUAUUUAGGGGACCGUGCGGUUUCGGUCCGAAUCGAGGCCUUGGAGGCUCUUUGCUAUGCCUUGACCGGUGUCUGGGGCGCUACGGCUGGAAGAGUUGUGGAUGACCUCUCGGAAGGUAAUUCUCAGCCAGGCGCGGAGAUUCCCGAAAGUCAGUCACUCCAAAUCAGAUGGAUCGAACAGAAUGUCGCCCUGCUCCACGAUUGUUCGGGACUUCAACCGCUGGUGACCGGUUUGUGUCUUGUCUUUGAGAGACAUCGCCACUCAUCCGCGUUGGAUUCGGACAGCGCUGGACAAGAGGGCGUGAAUCCAGCAUAUAUUGCUGCUUUGGAGCGAGAGGCAAACCUGCUGUUGACUGCUCUCUAUCUGACUGUGGAAGUUGGUCGGAAGCAAGACGCCCUUGAUCCCCAGCAUGCCCCUCUACGGGAUACCCUAAUGGGCCUGGAGCCAAAUUUACUGGUGUUUUUGGUGGAGAUCGUUGCGCGGUUGCGCUGGGACGACUCAGCCAAUGUUCCGCUGACCCGGGUCAUUCUCCUGUUCUGGAAGACUUUGCUCCUUUUCUUUGGAGGCAGUAAGAAAUUGAAGGAAGCCAAGGAAAUACUCGAGCCGUCCUUCAAGGCGAGGGAAAGCGCCUCUCCCCGAAGGACUCCUUUCCUCACUGCCUCACCCUUGGAUUACCACAACUUUCGGCAGGAGAUUACGUCCAAAUAUCCUGCCUAUAACCCACCGCCUCCUGUGGUCCCUCUAGAACUAGAAAAUAACUCGAUUCUUCCACCGCUUCCGCAGCACCCUAGCCGGGUGGGCUCUUCCAACGGUCCUUUCUCCGGGGUCGGCCCUGCCGUGACGGGUGGCAGUGGCUCGAUCAUCCAUCAUCCGGUGCACAUCGCUACACCAGCGCCCUCUCCUCCGCCGUCCCCCAUUGGUCCGGGUGGUAAAGCCGGAAAGAAGCAGAAUUACCAGACCAACCAAAACUUUCCUUUCAUGUACCCCCCUCUAGACGAUUCGAGUAAUGACCUUGGAGGAAAGGGCACGACGGAGCUGCAAGAUGCUCUUGUAGGGAAGAAGUGGCAGGGUAGUGAUGUUCCUGCCUCUAUUAUCGAGGCCGGGAGGCUUUUCUCCACCCAUGUCAAGAUGACAAGGGCAAUGCGGCAACUCUGGGAGGAGCGAGAGCGUUUCAUGAAAUAUGACCGCGGCUGGUACCCUGAUGAAGGCCAUUCCGUCUCAGCUGAGAAUGCCGCUGGUGGGCUGGCAGAUGACCUGCAGGAUUUGAAUUUCUCAGAGGGGAAGCCUAGUGCGGACAGCUCUCCGGAGAGAGAGACAGACAGCGCGGACAUCCAGCGACGGUUGGAUGCUGUCGAGUCGUUUUAUAGACAAGCAUUGGUGCAUCUGCAAUCGAUUACGAUUGUGUUUCUGAAGAUCAUCCUAACCAACGUCAGCGCCAUGGUCAACCAGGCCAAUGGACAAGCUGCUCAGGCUAUGGCUGAUGGUUAUGGUUCGGUCAGCGGGUUUCCCGCCAAUCACCCGAAUGGUCACAUUGAUUUGAAUUCCGAAGCUGCGAUUGAUGAGCUCGACAACAUCCGGCUCCGGGAGAUUACCGGAAAAGCGAUCUCCGGUUCUCUCCUCUUGCUUAUCAAGUGGUUCAAGAGAUCUCACAUCUUGAAGUUUGAGUAUAUGACGCAGUUAUUGCUCGACUCCAACUACUUGCCUUUGAUUCUGAAGAUGUUUGCCCACCAGGAUGUGGACCAGGCGGUGGCACAGAAGAAUGACCGGGAGGAAUUGGGGUUCUUCCGGUUCUGCCAUCUUCACUCAAACCAGCCACCGGAAUCGACGACCGACUUGGACGAAGACUCGUCGCCUAGUGACGACGAGGCCGUCCCUCCACCUAUCACCCGGCAUCGCCAGGACACCGACACAUCAGUGCGAGGAGUGUUACCUGAUGUCUCCGCCAACGAGUUUAUGGAAGGUCCUCAUCGUCCGGAGGUGGACGAGCUAGGAUAUCCGACGGCACCCCCGCCGAAGGAGCCGAUCACGGUGUUCUCGUUCCGCAACUUUUUCUCUGCCAUCAAUUACCUCCACAUCAUGCAGAAGAUUACCCGCGACAAGGCCCACCGAUGCCUUCUCCUUGUCCAAUACAAGUCUAGCACGAUCCUUCGCAAGGGACUGAAGAUCCCCGACCCUCACCUACGGUUCUACACGCUCAAGCUCUUCAAAUCGCAGGUGCCAUACUGUGGGCGCAAAUGGCGGCAGAGCAACAUGCGCGUGAUCACGGCGAUCUACCUGUACUGCCGGCCGGAGCUCCGCGAUGACUGGCUGUCUGGAGGCGACAUCGACUCGGAGGUUGAAGAGGCGUUGCCGCUGGAACAGGCACUCCGGGGACUGACACAUUGGUGGCAUCUGCGGCGGUACAAGGACGUGAUGGGUGGCGAGGAAGGGGCGUCACUCAUGGAAGAAGAGCGCGAUUUCUUCGUGCGGGAGCUCGAAGCGAUGGGAUGGGGCGUAGCGGGCGAGGAAUCGUUCGGGGGGAGCGAGGAAGCUGAACUGGCUGGCGGGCCGAUGGUGAACGGUACCGAAUGGGACGGAGCUCCACUGCAAAUGGAGGGAUGGUAGACUCGUACAUACGAUAUCUAGAUGUCGGCCUCUCCGCAUCUACCAGGUUAGCAUCCCACUGAAUAU